AUGUCUUCCUUUCGACUGGUAGUGAAACUGUCACCCAAGAGGCUACAGACGAAACGGGAAGUCCGGACUGUUCUCCCAGAAGAACAGUAUCUAGCCAAACUUGAAAAGAUUAUCGUCAGAGAUUACUUUCCCGAUCUUCCAAAACUCAAGGCUCAGUCAGAAUAUAUCGAUGCAAUGAAACGUAAUGAUAUAGCCAAAAUGCGUGAACUGCAAAUACGCUAUCACACAAGCCGCCGAACGGAUCGAAGGACGAGCCCUGCGACAACUGUCGCCACAUCUCCUGGACAUCGAGCACGCGCUCCAACAUCUCCUGCAAAUUUUGAUCCAGACACCCCAGGUCCGAGUCGACCACCCGAUUCACUACAGUCCACACCGCUCCCUUACGCAAAUCGUGAGGGUGACAACGAGGCUUUGAAAGAGGGUGCCAAGAAGGAAAAAGCCAAAUCGGAUGAACUAUCGGUGGACCAGUACAUGAACAAAUUUACCUCGGAGGAUAAUGCUUCAUUCGAAGAGCUAGCAGCCGUCGAACUUGCCAGAGAACGAGCAAAAAAGGGAUGGAUCGAAGAGGCAGAAAGAAAACAUAAUGCAAAAAUGAUCACGUACGGCGAACUACCUGCUUCUGCUGAUCUACAGCUGGCAUUGAAAUAUGACCCUGAAUUUGACAGAGAAAAGCCUAAGGAAGUUGAUAACUGGAGUUACACUGCUCGUAACUCAGUGUUGUUCCAUUUGGAGGGAGCUCCUUUAACCGCUGCCGAGCGCAUCGAACAGGCCCGCAGAAAUCAGAGGGUAAUCAACAAGGCAGGCACUCGAUUUUCCGAAGACAUCAAAAACAAGCCUUCAGAGGCAUCAAUGGCCCGUGCCAGUAUGAUGCAGCUGGCUAAUAAUGUAGGAAAAGUGGAUGCACAAGGUCAUGAAGUAGGACUGAAUAGCAAAACCCUAGGACUGGUAGCGACACCAAGUCCUGCUCCUGGCAUCGAUGAUUCGCCUUUGAUGACAUGGGGAGAAAUCGAUGGAACUCCUUUCCGUUUGGAUGCUUCCGACAUUCAACCUGCUCCUGGAAGCGGUCCAACAUUCAAGAUGCCAGAAAUACCGUUUCGAGAGCAGGUUGCUCAAGGAAUUACCGACACAAUCGCUAAACGAUAUCGUGACAAACGACGAGCUGCGAUGGAAACAGCCGAAAAGGCCCACAGAACACCACGAUUUGGUUCAGCUCGUUCCUCGGCUUUAUCAAUGGCUACACUUUCACCAGCAGCUCGUCGAUUAGCUUCAAACAAACUUGGCAUUCGUUUGCCGUCAUCUGCUCACCACUUACGUCUGCUUACACCUACCAGGUAA